GCCCAGCAGGAGGAGGAGGAGGAAGAGGCCCGGCAGGAAGCGGGGGGAGGAGGGCGGGGGGGGCUCCUCCUCCUCCCGCCGCCAGCGCAGGGCUCGGGGUCGCCGCCUCGACGGGGGGGCAAUGACAGCGGCUCCGGGACCCUCCCCGCAGCAGAUCAGGGACCGGCUGCUGCAGGCCGUCGACCCCAACAGCAACAUUCGUAACAUGGUGGCAGUACUGGAAGUGAUCUCCAGCCUGGAGAGGUACCCCAUCACCAAAGAAGCGCUCGAGGAGACAAGGCUGGGGAAACUCAUCAACGACGUGAGGAAGAAAACCGAGAAUGUGGAGCUGGCUAAGCGGGCGAAGAAGCUGCUGCGGAACUGGCAGAAGCUUAUCGAGCCGGGGGCGCCCAGCGAGGGGGCCGCCAGGGGGCCGCCCAACCCACCAGGGUCUGCCAACGGCGGCGGAGCCCACAACUGCCGGGUAGAGACUCCUCCAGCGGCGGUGGGGCCGAAGCCUGCGCAAGAUGCGAAGGUCCGGAACGACGUCCAGAAGCUGCACUCUCCGAAGCAGUUGGUGGAGAAGCCGGCGGCCCGGAAGAGGCGGGGGGAGCCGCGCGAUGGCCUGGCGGGGGCGCCUCUCUUGCCUCUGCCGAAGGCCUCCAAGGCCUGCUUCGAAGUGUUACAGAACUCCUCGCCGCCCCCGACGAAUGGGAUCGGGGGCAGCAGCCCGGACAGCUUCCCCAGCCCGCCGGACGCCGGCCUGCCCGCCGAGCUGGUCGAGGGCGACAAGCUCAGCAAGAUCCCCAUCAACGCGGUGCGCCCCCACACCAGCUCCCCGGGUCUCUUCAAGCCCUCUGCUUCGUCCCUGCUGAAGGUGGCGCUGCUGGUCCAGCAGGAGAAGGAGGAGGUGCCCGCAGCCGGCCAGCCCAAGAGCCCUCGCUGCUCCUCUUUCAGCCCCAGGCACGUCCGGGCGGAAACGUUUUCCCGGCAGCACACCACCUACUCGCCCAAGGGCUCGCCGCCUGCCCCUUCCCCGACGAGGCCGCCCCCCGCCCCGGACACUCCCGCCGGGGCUCCCUUGUCGCCCCCUGCCCUCGUGCAGCCGGCGCUGGAGAAGCGGCUGGAGGCCCAUCCGCAGGCGGGGCUGGAGACGCCCCUGCACGGCAUCCAGGAGGCACCGGCGGGCCGGCUGACGGCGGGCCCCCCUCUGAGCAGCGGGGCGGGCCCCCUCCUUGCGGAGCCCUUGCUGGCGGGCUUCUCCCCGGACCCGUGCCGGGCGGACAGCGACGGCGCCGCCUCGGGGUCGGACAGCAAGAAGAAGAAGAAGUACCGGCCCAAGGACUACGUGGUCAACUUGGACGGGCAGGCGCUGGAAGGGGGGGUCAAGCCGGUGCGGUUAAAAAAGGAGCGGCGGCUGACCUUUGACCCCAUGACGGGCGAGAUCAAGCCCCUGGCGCAGAGGGACUCCUUGCCCUCGGCGGCCCACCCGCCCGCUCUCCCCGAGCAGCAGCACAGGACAGGCGCAGGGGAAGCCGCGGAUCCCAAGCCCCCCCUGCAAAGCCCCUUUGAGCAGACCAACUGGAAGGAGCUGUCCCGGAACGAGAUCAUCCAGUCCUAUUUGAACCGGCAGAGCAGCUUGCUCUCCUCUUCCGGGGUACAGACUCCGGGCGCUCACUACUUCAUGUCCGAGUACCUGAAGCAGGAGGAGAGCACCCGCCGGGACGCCCGCAAGACCCACGUCCUGGCGCCCCACAGCAAGCCCACGGACUUGCCCGGGGUGACCCGGGAGGUGACGCGGGGCGACCUCGACAGGAUUUGCGGCCACCACUGGCCAGGCGUGAAUGGUUGCUACGACACACAGGGUAACUGGUAUGAUUGGACGCAGGGAAUAUCCCUCGACCCGCACGGGGACGACGGGCGCCUCAACGUCCUGCCUUACGUCUGCCUGGACUGAGCGCCGGGAUGCUUCUGACGCAAGGGGCAGUUCGGUGCCAGCAGGCGGGUGCGGCGGCAACGGCUGCCCCCCCCUCCGCCCCCCCGUUGUGCUGAAUAAAAGGCUCACCCAGCAGAGAGAGGGAGGGAGGGUGUGUGAGAGAGAGAGAGAGAGCUGGACCCCGGCAGUUCCUUCUUCCCUAGGUUUCUUUCUAAUUAUUCUUUUCUUUUUUUUGUGAAGUGCUGCUACCAGUCUACUAACAAAAUUGCAAAGCGGGAGGAGGCGCAGAACGGAGGUUUGAUUUAUACGGCGGCAACGGAAAGAGUUCCAAACUCUUAGCCAGCCAGCUCUGACAAAAACACAAAAACACACAAAAAAAGUGUUAGGGUUUUUAUUUUAUUUUAUUUUACUUUCGAAAGGUGAAGAUUCUUUCCAGUGAUUGGCGGGUGCCGAAAUCCGAGGGCAGGCAGGGAGGAGGCGGGGAGAGGAAUGGUGGGAGGCAGGACGUUUUAACCAAGAGUAGCCGUAGCCUAUUUAUUUUUGUCCCCGAUUUUGUUUUUGUUUGUUUUUUUCUUGGAAAGGGAGUAAGGAUGAUAAUAACAGCCGUGAGAUGGUUUGAGAUGAAACUGUGCAAAAAUCCUGUGGUCAGUAGUUCUUCCUGGCGUCACACCUGUCUCCAGUAAAAGGCGUGUGGCUUGCUGUGAGGGGUGCCAGUCUGCCAGGGUGGGCAGGAGGUAGUGCCCACCUUCAGGUUAGCAUUCCACAAAUAUCCCUUCCUUCCUUCCUUCCUCCCUUCCUCCUUUCUUGGUGGGGUCUAAUCAGAUUUUUGUCUUCAGCCUAAGAAAUGCUGCACCGCGACCCUUUGCCAGCCUGAGUGUGUCUUCCCGGAAUUCUUUCUGCACAUUUUUUAGGGAGAGGCAAGGGAGGGGUUAGAGCCCUCUCUCCUCCGCUGCCCCCCCCACGUUAAAAAAGGCAAAACCCAAACCGUACAGAGGGUGCUACUUUUGUCCUGUGAAAGGAGGGGAGAGAGAGAGAUUGGGGAAGCCUGUUCUGCAAUGCUGGAAAAUACACUUGUUACCAUUCCUUUUUAGAUAAUUUGUUUGCCUUACGGAGAUCCAUCACAAAAAUUUAAUAAAAAAAGAGAGAGAGAGGGAGAAGAAGAAAAAGAAGAAGCGCGACUUGCAAAAGCGAAACAGAGCCUUAGUGAAUGUACAGUAACUAUCCUAGACUUCUGCGUUCCUGGGACGCAGAAGGGAGCAACUUUGCUAUUGGUCCUUUAAGUGGACACGUUGUGAUAUACAUGUGGAAAUAAAACAAAAAUUUGCACAAAA